GUUUCACCAUGAAAGACUCCCCUGACUUCUUUAUCAAUGUGACCGCCUGGGGGAAUGAGGCGUACGUCAACGGGCUGGCCAGCAGCUUCAGCAUUGGAGACUGUGUGAUCAUUGAAAACCCUCUAGUUUCCACCAAAGAUCCAGAGAAAGGAGACAAGUUCUGCCCUGAAACACCAAGCCACUACAGGCUGUUAGUCACAGAGAAUCACUCCCAGGUGUGUCUGUGUGCCGAUGUGGACACCAUCGACGGGCUCCUGCCUCUCCUUCACCUCCCUGUGAAAGACCCUGGGGAUUUCUACUCCCUGGGAGAUAUUAUGGCCAACGGACAGAGGCUGGACGGCACAGUAAUAAAUAUACUGGCAGCGGUGAAAUGGGUAAGGAAGAGCAAACACACCCUCCCCAUAAAAUCAACUAAGGAUGCAGCUAAAUAA